CCACUCCUUUAUGUAUAUCGCGACAGCCGCCAACAUGGUGAAACACGGCCACAGUGGCAUCCGCGCUAUGCUGAUGUGUGCAGUGCUGACCCAAGAACUCGUUAUCAGUGUGCAGACAUUCUGUGCGCGCAGCCAGAGGUGCGUCGUCAUCCACCAGUGUGCAGCCUAUCAGACGAGGGAGCAGAUUCUGAGACACCGGCCGAGACCCUGUGGGUUCGUUGGUGUGGUGCCGCUUGUUUGCUGUGACACUGACCAGGUAUUGUAUGCGACGUUCAAUGUGCUACCGUCAUUAGACAUAUGCGGAAAGACGCGUCGCAACGUUCGACGAAAGGUCAAACGCCAGACGUUUUCUCAAGGCCAGAGUUCGGCAGACCUCUUUCAUCCGUCGACGGGUGGUGGGCUUGUGGCCGGUGGCAUCGGAGGCAUUGACGCCAUUGUUGGCAAGUGGCCGUGGAUGGUGCUGUUCGGCCGGUGGACAGACGCCGGUCUGGGCGACUGGUUCUGCGGCGGCACCCUCAUCACCGACCGGCACGUGCUCACGGCCGCCCACUGUCUGCGACCAGAGGAGGCCGACACUAUCGGCGCGCGCAUCGGCGACAACGACCUGAACCGGCUGGACGAGGUGGAGCACCAGCAGCGGAACGUCUCUGGCAUCGUGCGCCACCCGCAGUACGUGGGCGCGCAGAACGACCUGGCCGUGGUGCGGCUGGCGGCGCCCGCCACUGUCACCAGGGACGUGUCACCCAUCUGUCUGCCGCCGGCCGGCGCCGAUCACGUCGGACGAGACGUGGAAAUGGCCGGCUGGGGUCUGCUCGAGUUCGAUGGGGAAGCCUCGGACAUUCUGCAGGAGGUGGCCCUGCGCGUGGCCGACACGGCCGUCUGCGAGACCGCCUAUCGGCGCGUGCCGCAGUUCGAGCGCCGUUUCCCGGGCGGCUUCCAGGGCACGGUGGUGUGCGCUGAGAGCCGGGACGGCGAGCCGCGCGACGCGUGCCGCGGCGACUCGGGCGGUCCGCUGAUGGUGCGUUUGGCGGACGACACCUACCAGCUGGUGGGCGUGGUCUCCGCCGGCUUUGGCUGCGGCAACCCCGAGUUCCCCGGACUGUACACCAGGGUGUCGGCUUACAUCUACUGGAUCGUAGGACAGCUCAUGUGAUCUAGGGUCUGUAUUGUGAUCAAAAUUGAUAUCUUUGGUUUCA